AUGACGAAAGCUACAUUGUUUCCGCUGAGGGCGUUCCUCGUUCUGUCGUUGGUCGCCUUGUCCCGGGCUGCAAUCGACUUCGCGUCCAUGGCCGAGUCCAAUUUCCCGUCGGUCCAGGCGGAGAAGUUCAUAAGGAAUCGCAAUCUGGAUCCGGCGGCGGGGGCUGCAGCAGGGAGAUCGAGGGAAAAUCCCCCCGCCGGCGGCGGAAGCAGGUAUAGAGGAAGAAGAAGGGUGGAUGGGUCACGGGUUCGAUUUCUGGGUGGGUAA